ACAAGCGAAAUUAUUAAGGUAAAAAAGAGAAGACAAAGAAAGGGAGUGAGAGAAUCUCUCCUACGGCAUAGAUUUGCAACAGCAGAAUCCUCUCAACAUAAAACCCUAAAUAAUUGGUGUGCUAUUUCCGUGAGAUCAGCUAUGGCUUCUUCUAAAGAGCGCGAGAAUUUCGUCUACGUCGCCAAGCUCGCUGAACAGGCUGAGCGCUACGAUGAGAUGGUGGAGGCAAUGAAGAACGUGGCAAAGCUUGAUGUUGAAUUGACAGUGGAAGAGAGGAACUUGCUGUCUGUUGGGUACAAGAAUGUGAUUGGUGCUCGGAGAGCUUCAUGGAGGAUUCUUUCCUCUAUAGAGCAAAAGGAAGAUGCUAAAGGAAAUGAGGUGAAUGCAAAACGGAUCAAGGAGUACAGGCACAAGGUGGAAUCUGAGCUCUCAAGCAUCUGUAAUGAUAUUAUGACUGUGAUUGAUGAACAUCUCAUCCCUUCAGCAUCUGCUGGUGAAUCAACUGUCUUCUUCUACAAGAUGAAAGGAGAUUAUUAUCGUUAUCUUGCUGAAUUCAAAGCAGGCAAUGAGAAAAAAGAGGCUGCUGAUCAUUCUAUGAAGGCAUAUGAGACAGCUACCGCUACUGCAGAGGCUGAGUUGCCUCCUACACAUCCUAUCCGUUUGGGUUUAGCCUUGAAUUUCUCAGUCUUCUAUUAUGAGAUUAUGAAUAUUCCUGAGAGGGCCUGCCAUCUUGCCAAGCAAGCUUUUGAUGAAGCUAUUGCAGAGCUUGACACCCUCAAUGAGGAGUCUUACAAAGACAGCACCUUAAUUAUGCAGCUUCUAAGGGACAACCUCACCCUUUGGACUUCUGACAUCACAGAGGAUCCAGAAGAUUCCAUGAAGGUCAAUGGCACUGCCAAAAUUGGUGGGGCAGAUGAUGCAGAGUGAAAACAACAGCUUGUGAUAUCGCCUAAGCUCGUGGGAACUUGUGCCUUGUGACUUGAUGUGUUUGGGGAAUGACUGGUAUCUGAUAGCCAAUUUUAGAUUAAAUAUAUACCAUCAGUUAAUUCACUCGUGUUUUUCUCUCCCUCUCGAAGUGCCAUGUUAUGGUGUGGUUUAUUAUUGCGUGAUGUCUAGACGAGGUUGGUUCAAUUUGUAGUGAGCAGCUUUUGCUUGAGACUAGGCAUUAGGAUUGCUCUGAUUGCCUUUUCUUUUUGGGUGUAAAUGGUACAAACACAGAUGGAGGAAAUCUGCUGUUUGGUUUUCCUCACUACCUGAAAAGCUUGCAUUUGGGUUUAUGGUUUCUUGAUUGCCAGCCAGCCAGCCAUUGCUAGUAUAAAUUUGUGUUGUGGGGAAUAUCUUGUAUCCUUUUAGGAGGCUUUUUGGUAAAAUGGAACUGAGCCAUCAGAAAUA